AUGAAGCAUUGUUAACUUCAUUCAUCUUUCCUCAGUUUGGACUUAAUCUGUGGCAGUCAAUGACAUAUUGACAGUUGACAGGUUAAACGUCAGAAUGUCAAACGGAGUUCAUAAAAUGUGCAUUGUAACGAUCGUAUAUAAGAUUAUUAAUAUAAUUCAAUAGAUAAUUAGAAAUAAAUACUUGGGGGAAUAAUAGCUUUAAUGUUGUUUCUCUUUUCAGAGCAACACAGUUUUGUUUUUAUUUCGCCUCCGCAUAGAAAAUACUGUGCGUAACGCACAUUAUAAAACAACAUUCUCAGCUAUUUAUUGGCAAAGAUGGAGAAAUUGAGAUUUGAGUUUGAGGUAAAAGCAAGUAGUGACGACCCGAAGUCUAAUAUUAUUUGUGUAAACUCUAUAACGGAUGUUGGCAAGAAUGUCUUUGUUAUCCCUGAACAAUAUCAACCAGUGAAGCUACAUGAUGCGAUUAUGGCGACAGAAACAUUCAAAACAGUAAAAAAUACAUUGCGAAGGAGACAUGACAAGAGGCAGGUGUGGAUAUCAGGGACAUCGGAUAUAACUAAAUGCUACAGAGAUGAGGAUGGUAACAUGCAGUUUAAGGGAUACUUGUUAGAAGAAAUUGCAUCGACAACCCAGGGACUGACUCCAGCGGCUGGAAUAUCCGAAGAGGCAUUAUCAAGGAUUCUUGAAAGUUUUGCUGAAAUUAAAAGUGACAAGGCUAAAACUAAUAGCAUGAAAAAUUUAAAGGAGAAGUUUGUUAUGGAGAAAUUCACAAGAAAGAUGUCUAAUGUAAUGCAGUGGAUUAUGACAUUUGAAGCUGAAUGUGCGCGCUUAGGAAUAGAAGAAGAUACGAAGCGGAUUGAAGCUCUUAGGUUAUUUUUAGAUGAUUCAUGUCAAGACUGGUAUGGUGCCAUGCUAAUAAAGCAUACAGUUGAUUCGGAAUGGUCCUUGUGGAAAAAAAACUUUUGUGAGACUUAUGCGGACAAAAGUUGGUCACCAGUCAGGUAUGCACUACUAUUUAGAUAUAGACAGGGCUCAUUGUUAGAAUAUGCUUUAAAAAAGGAAAGAAUGUUAUUAGAGAUGAACAAAAAUAUGGAUAAAUCAACUUUGAUAGAUCUCAUUGCAAUAGGGUUGCCAAAUUUCAUAGCAGAUAAGAUUGAUAGGAAUACCUUAAAGGAGACUGAGGAUUUAUUUAGUAACAUAAGAGGGUUGGAACAUUUAGUGGAAAAGAAAAUUUGGGAUAAAAAAAUUGUUGGUUCUGAUAAUAAAGCGAAAGACAAAAAUCUGAAGGAACCUUGUAGAUUGUGUGAAAAGGAAAAUAGAGGAAAGAGAUAUCAUCCGGAGUCUUCAUGCUGGUUUAAAAAUAAAAGUGGUGAUAGACGGGAUCAAAUAAGGAGUGUUAAUAAUUUCACUUUGGAGACCGAAUUGAAUGAGGUUGAUCCAAAAAACUCGACAUUCCGCCAUUAAUCAAAAUUAGUUUGCUAAUAAAUGAUACUUUAAAAGUGUUAGGAGUUUAUGAUCCAGGUUCUAAUGUAUCUUUGAUAAACUUAAGAUUAUUGUCCUUGAAAAAUAACACUAGUACUGGUAGUAUAAGUAGUGCAGGCUUUAAGACGAUUAAUGGCGUUAGAAAAUCAAAAGGAAUGGUAACGUUAAAGAUAAAAAUAUUUGAUAUUGAAAAAAAGGUAAAUGUUUUUGUAAUGGAUGGAGAAAACUUCGAUUCCGAUUUCUUAAUAGGAUUAGACUGCAUACGAGAGUUUAGAUUGUGUCAAAAUGAAAAAUUGGAGAUUUCACAGAGUAUUCCCAUUCGGGAACAAGUUGCUGAAGAUGUCUUACCCUUCAGAGAUGCAGAAAUAAUUCCUGGCUUAGCAGGUAGCAAAUUUGAAGGGCAAAAACAGCACAAUACGGAUAUAGACAUAUGUAAUUUGGGGAAAAUUGGAAAUGAAGGUAGUUACGAGUGUCAUGUAAAUUUUAAUGAACACAUAGAAGUUGACAAUUUUAGUGUUUCAGUUGAUCACUUGGAUAUACAUCAGCAGACGGAAAUAAGCGAAUUAAUUAGCAAGUAUACGUCACUUUUUGCUAGGGACAAGUAUGACGUAGGUACUGUGAAGGAUUAUGAGGCGCAUAUUGAUUUGUUAGUAGAUA